UGAGUUUUCCGCACGUCUUUCGGGAGAAAUCGUGUGUUACAUCCUCGGGUCAGCCCAGAGUGACCCGCUACCACCUCGUCUCAACGGUAGUGUCGAUUGAUCAUAAGCCCAGAAUCCUCAAGUGGCGUUCCUCCGGCCCAGAGGCGUGUAACUACACUGACUUAUUAUCGUGUUCCUCACCGCGGAGAUAAAAGCAGUCCGGGACCCAGCCCUGACGGACAGCCGUCGUGUUGUCUCUGCCCGGUAGAUAAUAUUUCGACUUUAAACUUUGGCGUGCCCGAGUCGGGAUAGCCGGACCACACAGGGCAGUUGGUACUCUCUUAAGCUUGGUGUUGCCCCGGUCUCUUGGUAGCCUGGACUGGUCAUGUCGAUCGAUUUCUGCUUUUUGAGGUCUCUCACAAAGAUCGACAACGGUGUUUUCCCAUCCUAAACUUGAACGACGACCACGCCGACAACGCCGCCGCGAUGAAGCUGUCCCGUGUUGGGGCCAGGCUGUUAGCUGCUGCCACGACGAUCGUCCAGGUGGUGGUGUUGGCUUGCGACGGUUGCUUCGGUCCCAUUGAGGAGCAUGCUUCGAAGCAUGUGCGUGUCGUGAAACGCAUGCAACCUGGGGCGCUGGAUGCGAGCUAUGGUCCUACAAGGCCGUUGCAAUGGGGGCAGUUGAAUGUGUUGCAUACAUCCGAUACCCACGGAUGGCUAUCCGGCCACAUCAAGGAGGCGAAUUAUGGUGCAGACUGGGGCGACUAUGUCUCGUUUGUGGCAAGCAUGAAAAGGACGGCCGAAGACCUCAAGGUGGACCUACUUCUUGUAGACUCUGGAGAUCUUCAUGAUGGCACUGGCUUGAGUGACUCUACUACACCAAAUGGAGAGAUAUCGAAUGAGAUCUUUGUCCAGCAGACCGGAUAUGAUUUGCUGACUCUUGGUAACCAUGAGUUGUAUGCCUCCGAAGUGGCCUACCAGACAUUCAACAAUUUUAGCAGGGCCUGGGGUGACAAGUACUUGACUUCGAAUGUAGAAAUCAUGAACCCUGACACUCAGGAGUGGGAGCACAUUGGAAAGACGCACAAGUACUUUACUACGAAACAUGGCCUUCGCAUCAUGGCUUUCGGUGUUCUCUUUGACUUCACUGCCAAUACAAAUGCCUCACGGAUCACCAAGGCGGCGGAUAUGAUCAAGCAGGACUGGUUCAAGCAAGCGGUUCAUCAUCCCAAACCUAUUGAUGUCUUCCUUGUUCUUGGCCACAACUCAGCACGUCCUGGACGCCAGGCCAGUACCUUGAAGACUGUCUACUCUGCCAUUCGGGAGGCCCAUCCUGACACUCCGAUUCAGAUAUUUGGUGGGCAUAGUCACAUGCGGGACUUUGUUGUCUAUGACCAAAGCUCUACCGCUUCUGAAUCUGGUCGAUACUGCGAAUCUCUUGGUUGGUUUUCCAUGUCGGGCUUCAACUCUUCCAACAGCGGUUUUACUGGCCCUCUCAACCCCAAAGGCGUCCCCAACCCCAACCGAACGGCCGUUGUCGCCAACCCAGUGAACCCUACCCCCAUUGAUAAGAGGAGUAAGCAAAAAACCUCUCCCUUCCUCUACUCCCGUCGGUAUCUCGACUGGAACCGUCUUACCUUUGACUAUCACGCCCCCGGCUCGCAGUUCCUCCACAACGACAUUCUCUCCCAUCCCAACUUCAUCUCCUCCCCCUCUAGCUCAUCUAACAGCUCAUCCCAGCUGAAACAACUCGGUAUUCAAAUCUCGUCUAGUAUCACAUCCUACCGCCAUCAAUUGGGCUUGGGAAAGGUAUAUGGGUGCACGCCACAGACGUUUUGGGUGACUGGGGCGCCGUUUAUGGCGCCGAACUCGAUGUACACCUUUUUGGCGGACGCAAUGGCCCAUCAGAUUCUGAACCCAAAGAGGGCAAAGGUUCCGAGGGUUCAUAUCAGCAAUACGGGAAUGGCGAGAUUUGACUUGCACAAGGGACCGUUCACGAUGGACGAUAGUUAUAUCACUUCGCCGUUUCCCAGCUUGGUGGUGUAUAUUCCCGAGGUGCCAUGGGAAAUGGCGAGGGGGAUGCUAGAGCGGAUGAAUAAGAAGGGCGCGGGGCAGGGGAGGAGGGUUGAGUAUAAUACCACGUUUGUCGGUGACCCCAAGGGAAAGAGGGAAUUUGGGGUCUGGCAAGGAGAGGAGUGUGUCAACCCACCGAUUGAACAGUUUAGGGCUAUGGGGAAGAGAAAGGUCUUGGGGAAGAGGGAAGAAAUUAUGGGAGUGCCGGUGGGUAAUGGUGGUGGGGGGAGGCAAGAGGUGUUGGAGGUGGGGUAUACGACUGAGGAUGACUUUGGGGUGGACGGGGAUGAUACGAUUCAUGCGAGAAUCGCCAACUAUGAGAUUCCGGCCUAUUUUGGGACUACCGCUGGGUUUCCGGAGUGGAAGAAGGGGGGAAGGAAGGGACGGAGGCAGGAGCCAAGGGUGGUGGAUUUGGUUUUUAAUGAUUUUAUCAACGAUGAUCUACUUGCCGCACUUGGGGGGAACUACACGGCGGACGACAUCAAGUUUUACAUGGAGCCAUCAAACUACACGCUGAGAGACUUCUUGGUGCCAUAUGUGGAACAAAACUGGCAGGCGGGGAUGCCGAUGUGUGAGAUUUCAGGGAGAAGGCCUCACGUUGGGUGAACGGGGGGGCAAAGUUCUAUGAAGUUUUUGUGUUCUUCUUUUUAUUUUUUGGGUGGCGUUGAUGGGAGUGAAAAAGUAGGUACAGAAAAGCUGUGCGAGAUAUGACAUUGAGUUGUGUUAAUUUACGGAUGAGAAAAUCGAAGGAGGACGGCGA